CUGCUGCUAUGCUCAUUACAAGGUCAAGCAUCCUUUGGUGAUUCUGCCCAGUCAGUAAUCGGAUUACAGUUAAAACCUUUUGAAUUUAAUUUGCCCCGGCAGCCUGCGCGUGGCACGGGAUUCCACGUCAACAAGCGGUUGCCAGGUGAAGGCAGACAAGCCAGACAGUUCCACAGCAUCCAGCACCUCACAGGCUAAUAGCCUACUAAUUCAGAGAUUUGAUAAAACCAUUGUAGAACCGAAUCAACUAUUAUUGACAAGGUGAGAUGAUAAGGAAUUUAUUUGGAGCCUUGACCUAGCCUAUAUAUUUGUUAUUGAUAAAAUGCCGACCACAAGGGUUAUCAAGCAAAAGCCUGUUAUUGAAACGAAAACAAGAGUCGUCGAAGUGAAAACAAAACCGGUUGAAACGAAACCAGCAUCGACAACUCAACACAAAGUCACAGCUCCUCGCAAACCGCGGGCGUCGAGCUGUCCCAGAUGUAUCCAUAGCGACCGAUGCGAGACCACGAAGACCCAGCAGCAGGUCAAGCUGUGCGCUCCCAGGUGCGAUAGGAGAGCGAGAUCAACCUCCACCGCUCCCAAAUCAACACUCUCCUCUUCGAAAUCAGCUGUGCUCUGUCAAAAACCAACAGCCACGUCUCCAAAAUCAACUGUAACUUCUUCAAAGUCUAAAGAAGCAUCUCAGGCGAGGCAGGAAGAGGAACGGACUUCGAGACCCAGGGCGUACUAUGCAAUUCAGAGUCACAAAGCUUUCACGGUCAUCCCUCCUAACCCCAAGAAAAGAAUAGAGAUCCAGCAAAAGGCAGAGGCAGAGCUGGCAGCUUUGGAGGAUCUGAGGCUGAGCAAAGCCACACCCUAUGUCUCCAUUGACCCCAGCAGUGUUGGUGAGACAUGGCUACAGAUUGUAACACCAGAUAAUGUGAUUUAACCCCACAAUUUCACAUUUAUACUGGUAGUUACAGUUGUGGCUAUACAAAACGUCGCCAGAUAUUUUUCAACUAACCUGGUAUAGGCGAUACUAUCUUCAUGCUCGAUUCGUGGAAACAGGAGUCUCGUAAAAUAUCUGUGUCUAGUUGCAGGGGGUUUGUUUGAAUUUAGAAAAUGCUCUGUUAAAAAAAUAAAUGUAAAUGUUUUGCACCUUGAAGUAAUUGAACAAUGUGUGUGGCACCAGUGGGGCAGCAGGUAGCCUGGCGGUAAAGCGUGUUGAGACAGUAACACAAAGGUUGCUGUUUUGAAAAUCUGUCCACGUGCCCUCGAGCAAGACGCUUAACCCUAAUUGCUCCUGUAAAUCAAUCUGGACAACAGCAUCUGCUAAAUGACUGACAUGUAAAUAUAUAUUUUCAAAUCUUUGAUUGAGACAGAUGGGUCCACGAUGACAGACACCUGUCUCCAUCAAUGUGAGAAGACUUGAAAUAGACAAGAUGUCGGGGUACACAUUGUUGGAUUGCUUCAUGGAGCAAAACCUUUAUUUAUUUGAAUAACUGAGCAUUUUCUAAAUUCAAACGGACACGGACAUUUUAUGAGACUCCUGUUUCCACAACUUGAGGUUGAAGAUAUUAUCGCCAGAACCAGGUUUGUUGAAAAAUCUCUGCCUACGUUUUGUAUAGCCACACCUGUAACUACUAAUAUAAUGGUUCAGUUUUGGGGAGUUACAAUCUGUAGCUAGGUGACACACACACACACACACACACACACACACACACACACACACACACACACACACACACACACACAUCUCCAAGCACAUACUGUAGAUGCAGUGAUAAACAAGGUGAGUCCUUGAAGAGUUAAAUGUUAAUAAUGAGUCUAAUGGGAUUAGAAUGACAUGCUCUAACAUGUUUCACAGCAACCAGCAUACUCUCCCUUGUGGAGCACUGUCUGGAGAACACCAGCAUACUCUCCCUUGUGGAGCACUGUCUGGAGAACACCAGCAUACUCUCCCUUGUGGAGCACUGUCUGGAGAACACCAGCAUACUCUCCUUUGUGGAGCACUGUCUGGAGAACACCAGCAUACUCUCCCUUGUGGAGCACUGUCUGGAGAACACCAGCAUACUCUCCCUUGUGGAGCACUGUCUGGAGAACACCAGCAUACUCUCCCUUGUGGAGC